ACCUCUGCCACCUUUCUGUGUGAGGGCGUGCAUUGUUUUCAUUUGGCACUCUCCUUCCUUCCUUCCUUCUGAAGCAGUUGCAGUAGAGCAAAACAGACGGCGGAGGGGAUCAAGAGGAGAGAGUGUGAGAGACGCAGAAAAUGGGUGGUUGGGCUAUAGCGGUGCACGGCGGCGCUGGGGUGGACCCCAACCUCCCACCCCAACGUCAAGAAGAAGCAAAACAGCUCCUCACUCGUUGCCUUAAUCUCGGCAUCUCUGCUCUUCGCUCCUCCCUCCCCGCCAUCGACGUCGUCGAACUCGUGGUUAGAGCACUGGAAUCGGAUCCUUUGUUCAACUCUGGCCGUGGAUCUGCACUGACUGAGAAUGGAACGGUUGAGAUGGAAGCCAGCAUCAUGGAUGGACCGAAAAGACGAUGCGGCGCCGUUUCCGGCGUCACCACCGUCAAGAAUCCCAUUUCUCUCGCUCGCCUUGUCAUGGACAAGUCUCCCCAUUCCUAUCUUGCCUUCUCUGGGGCUGAAGAAUUUGCCAAACAACAGGGAGUAGAGAUGGUGGACAAUGAAUAUUUCAUCACCGAAGACAAUGUGGGCAUGCUCAAAUUAGCCAAAGAAGCUAAUUCUAUUUUGUACGAUUAUAGGAUCCCAAUUGUUGGACUGGAGUCCUGCGGCGCAGCUGCUGAGAGCCCAAUCCUAAUGAAUGGACUGCCAAUCAGCGUAUACGCGCCGGAGACGGUGGGGUGCGUGGUGGUAGACGGCCAAGGCAGGUGCGCAGCCGCCACCUCAACCGGGGGCCUCAUGAACAAGAUGACCGGUCGCAUUGGUGACUCCCCCUUGAUUGGAGCUGGGACCUACGCAUGUGACCUAUGCGGGGUCUCUUGCACCGGAGAAGGCGAGGCCAUCAUACGCGGGACCCUCGCUCGUGACGUGGCAGCUCUGAUGGAGUACAAGGAGCUCAGCCUCCAAGAUGCGGUGGAUUAUGUGAUCAACAAAAGGCUGGACGAAGGGAAGGCUGGUUUGAUUGCGGUGUCCAAAACCGGGGAGGUGGCGUGUGGGUUCAAUACGAAUGGAAUGUUUAGGGGGUGUGCUACUGAAGAUGGUUUCAUGAAAGUUGGUAUAUGGUAGUAAAUAUUUUUUUGACAAUUUAGAAUUUGAUGAUGAUUGCUGUUGCUUUGGUUGUUCUGAAGCUUUUGUCGUCAGAAUAAAAAGAUCAUGCAAUGCAAAUUAUGGGUGAAUAAUUUGCAAUGACUGUUGAUCUUGAGUAGGAUUUUAACUAUUACAAAAUGGGUUAUCUGGGCUGAUGAUCGGUAAUGGUAGUGAAUCUUUUAUUAAUCAUUUAAGGCCUCAAUCUGUCUCGUUUUUUGCGUUA